GAAGCUUCAAGGUUGAUUAACGUUGCCAUUGGUAGUGCAACCGCUGGUGUCGUUUUCCUAGCUUUGAUCUUUAUUGUCAUCACCAGAAAACUACGCUACGAAAUCGACCUGGCUCAAAAUAUGACAUGGAAAAUUAAAUUUGAUGAUUUGAAGAUACUCUCCAGUGAAAUAGAGGACGAUGCGGCAGAUGAAGACGAGGAUUCCAAGCCAAACUUUCCUCAUUCCUUCAUACCYUCCUUCCUGCAAAACCCCAAACCGCAAACAGCAGAGAAAGAUAAUGAAACGGUUUCACCACCACAAAAGCGGAUCAGUGUUGCAAACGCYGCCAAAGGUUUUUCACCUUUGAGCAGAAAUGCACGCAAUCAAGAAAAUAUCAACAUUAACCACGAAGGAGAGCGCGUCACCGACCUUGCAGAAUUCCAGGGGCAAACUGUGGUAAUGAAAAGGUUGAACAAGAAAAGCGUUCAUUUGUCGCGGACAGUCCUUAUUGAGCUAAAGCAGGUACGAGAUAUUAACCAUGAAAACUUGAAUGCAUUCAUUGGAGCUUGUAUCGAGUCGCCAAACAUCUUGUUGGUGUGGUCACACUGCAGGAAGGGAAGUUUGCAGGAUGUGCUGAACAACGAUGAGUACAGGAUAGACGAAGCUUUUAAAAUGUCUAUGUUUGUUGAUAUCGCAGCUGGAAUGAAGUUUCUCCACGGCAGCCCAAUCAAAUUCCACGGUCAUUUGACGUCAUCAAAAUGUGUGAUUGACAGUCACUGGGUUGUAAAGAUUACUGAUUGGGGCUUGCAUAACUUCAAAGCUGGYCAGGAGAAAGACAAAGUCGAAAAAGUUUCCACUGAACUGUUAUGGGCUGCUCCCGAACACAUCAAUCUUUCGAAACUCGAAAAAGGUGGGAUGUCCCAGAAAGGCGAUGUAUACAGCUUUGCAAUUAUUCUCCAGGAAAUCUCRACCAGAGCUGGGCCAUUUAAUGACUGUGGGCUGGAGCCACAAGAAAUAAUACAGCGUGUUAAAGCUCACGACGACCCACCUUUUCGUCCAAAAUUGUCAACCGAGGAAGUUCGUCCAGAAAUCAUGCAACUGAUGUGUGAAUGUUGGAAUGAAGACCCUGAAGAAMGACCUCACUUUCUUCGCAUUGUUCAACGCUUAAAGAAAAUCAGCGGCAGUUACAGGAACACAAAUUUCAUAGAAAACAUGGUGUCAAUGAUGGAGAAACACUCCAACCACUUGGAACAACUUGUCGAGGAAAGAAAUCGUCAGUUGAAUGAAGAAAAAGAAAAAACUGAUCGUCUGUUGUUUCGACUUUUACCACAACCAGUAGCCGAGCAGCUGAAACUUUACAACUCAGUUCAAGCAGAAGAGUUUGAAGAAGUGACCAUUUUCUUUAGUGACAUUGUUGGUUUUACUAAGCUGUGUUCUAACAGUCAGCCCUUGGAGGUUGUAGAUUUCUUGAAUGAUCUUUAUGUGACAUUUGAUGAAAUCAUCUCGCAUUUUGAUGUCUACAAGGUUGAAACAAUUGGUGAUGCGUACAUGGUGGUCAGCGGUUGUCCAGUAUUGAAUGGUAAAAAGCACACUGGGGAGAUAGGUAGCAUGGCCCUUGACGUGUUAAGUAGUAUGACUCAGUUUAAAAUACGUCACCGUCCUCAAGAACAGCUCCAACUUCGCAUUGGGAUCCAUACAGGUCCAGUAGUUGCUGGUGUCGUUGGUGUUACCAUGCCAAGGUAUUGUCUGUUCGGACAUACAGUCAACAUUGCAAUAAAAAUGGAAAGCACUGGAGUUGGCCUUCGUAUUCAUGUGAGCAGAGAAGCAUAUCUUCGUCUUGUUGAACUUGAAGGUUUCUUCUUCGAGGAAAGAGAAGAAGCAGAAGCAAAGUGUCCAGGUAUGGUGACAACAUAUUGGUUGGUUGGGAAAGAAGGCCACAACAAGCCAUUACCUGAUCCAGCACCAGAUAUCAAUGAAMUGUCUUUUGGAACUCUGGACGUUUACUAUGCUGACUAAAGCUCGUACACCAUACUAUUUCAAAUACAAUUGUAACAAUUUAAAGAAUAGACCAGUAGAGUCAUAAUUUUCCUGAGUUUCUCUUUUGGCGAAAAUGCCGUGAAAUUGCUCUUAGAACAUUUAGACUGACUAACUAUGCCUAGCCUCAUAUUUAUAUGAAAAGGUU